AGCGCCGCAUCUUUGAACCUGGUUCUUCUGUCGCCCAUCUUGCGGCACCCCACCACCACCAGAAGAGCGGCCGAGCGGCGCAGAGAAGAGAGAACCAGCAAGUUUAGCGGAGCGGCCGCGCGUCCGGAGGGAGGAUGGAGAAGGCGCUCACCAAGCUCGGCAGCUUCACCAUCUCCCGCAAGGCCAAGCAGGAGCUCUCCGCCAUCGGCGGCGACAUCUCCCGUUUAUCGAGCACGGUGGAGGAGAAGGCAAAAUGGGUUUUCGAGAAGCUCAAAGGACACAAGAAGUCGCUCUCUGAUCUACUCCGUGAGCACAACCUCCCUCCAGGUCUCUUCCCUCGUAACAUCAUCUGCUAUGAGUACGACGAAUCAACCUCGAAGCUGGUGGUGCACCUGUCCAAACCCUGCGAGGUGAGCUUCAAGGAUUCCUCCACAAUACGGUAUGCUCCUCGUGUCAAAGCGACUCUGUCCCGAGGCAAGCUCUCCGGGGUUGAAGGCAUGAAGACCAAGGUGGUGGUAUGGGUGAAGGUGGCAAGCGUGAGCCUCGAGAGCUACAAGUCUGACAAGAUAUGCUUCAUCGCCGGUGUGAAGAAGCUGAGGCAGAAGGAUGCUUAUGAGGUCCCUCGCGAAGCCGUCUCUGUUGAGGAGUUCUGAGCUCGAUUGGUUUGCCUUAUCCGUAUUCCGUAGUAUCAUUCAUUCAUAGCAUUUUUUGGGUCUCAUGUGAUCGGCGAUUGAUGUGCUGUGACCUGUGAUUUGGUAGAUUUGUAUAUUGGAAGCAUAUGGAUCUGUUCUGCCUGGCAGAAGACCACCCGUGCAUGUUAUCUGACGAGACCUUCACAUGUGUGAUGUUUCAGUAAUGUGAACAUUUAGCAUGUGUCCUGGUUCUGCAUUGGUUGCUCCUAGAAUUCAUGUCUUCCUGUUUUAUUUCGA